GAGAGAUUAAAAAACGCUUUAUUUUUGAAGGUUUCCAGACAUAUUAAAACCUAACAGUGAUUCGUGAAGUUUUUUAUGUAACAACACCAAAACAUGUGUGUGAUAGUAGUAAUAAGGAAUCUAUGAUUGAUUAAAAAUGCUAGCUUGUGUGUGUCAACCAACGGAGACAGCGUUAUUGUUUAAAGGAGGACCACCGGUUACUAUGGGGCCACUCGGGUCUAGCGGUAAAAUGCGUCAAAACGCAAAUGAUGUUAUAAACACAAUGAGUCUAUUUCCUAAUUCUGAGCACAAAAAAAUAAAUGAAGAAAUAAAAGACAACUCACCAUCAAUAACCCCUCUGCCUAUUUAUGUGGAUUCAUCAGGAAAUUUCUUAAAUUUAAGGAAGAUAGAACGAAAAGCCAAAUCAACGAAAAUUCUUGUGAACCCUGUCUGUACGGACAGUGUCAGCGAUGAUAGCAAUGCAUCAAAGCCAGCUAGUACUAAAUGGAACGGGAAGAAAAAAAGACUCAAGAUAGCGUUUGUCAAAACUGAAAACAAAGGUGAUCUUAAUUCUGAGCAAAGAGCAAUUAGCCGUGACGAGGCUAAACAGGAUAAAAAACCAAUAUCGUGUUUUAAAAUCAAAAGCUGGGAAGAUAAAUCACGUACUAACGAAGACAGAAACUCAGGCUGGGAGAACUGUAAGAAUGAAAAUGCGAGUAAUUCAAUGAGCGCAGAAAAACCCGAUCUCAUUAGACAUUCUAGAAAAAAUAGUAAAGACAAUUUAAUAGACGAAGGCACAAUGACGGAUGCAUCUCUGGAGGCUGGCCAGUUUCCCAGGAAGAUCGACACUGCUGCCAUCGUUAAUGAGUUGGGGGAAGGGGUGGAGCUGACGCUGGGUGAACUGCGGGCGAUGGCGCUACGACAGCAGCAGCAAAUUGACACCCAGCACCAGCUGCUUUGUGCCAAGGAGCAGCGGCUGCGUUACUUGAAGCAGCAAGAGGCGAGGCAACAUCAGGUGGCAGUAGAAGGCGAGCGGUUGCGGAGGUUACGUGAAAGAGUUGAAGCGCAAGAGCAGAAGUUACGGAGGCUACGAGCGUUAAGGGGCCAACUUGACAGGAACAAGCAAGCGAAUAUCGCUCUAACUAGCGACUUAGAGUCAAUACGAGCGCUAUUCAAUGAAAAGGAGAAAGAGUUGUCUGUGGCUGUGGCGAAGGUGGAAGAGCUGACGAGGCAGCUGGAAGAGUUGAGGAGAGGCAGAGUGCAACCCGCGCCCCCUUCCGCUCAUGAGCUAGAUAAGCUUAGAAGGGAAUUAAUGUACCGGAAUAAGUUAAACGAACAGCAGAAUGGAAGACUAUCGGCGCAAAGAGCAGCCCUUGGCGCAAGACAAGAAGAAAUGCGUAGCAUAGAUCGAAGGGUGUCCGAAUUGCAGGCGAGGCUGUUAAGGAAACGAGCUCUUAACAGACAGCUUGCGGCUGCGCAUCGACAGCCUCAGCAAAGAACAAACAACCCUACGCCGAUGCAGCAGCUCCCUAACUACCCAGCCGGUAACAACGCACCCAACAGCCAACCAAAGAACCAACAGGCGCGCGGCAAUGUUGCGGCCGUGGAACCAUACAAUCACGUUCCACACGCGCAGAGUCUUCAUAACACGAAUUUCCAAGCCAUGAAGCAAAAUGCUAUACAAAACAACGUGCCAUUAAAACAGCUGACGCAAAGUGAUAACAUUCAAAGUCAUCUAAUUCAACAAGAAGCACAUUUCUUACAUCAAAAACAGAUGAUGAAUCCUUUAUACAAUGGUAACUAUCCUCAUAUGCCAGCGAAUGUACAAGAUAGUCAGUACCAAGGGCAAUAUACAAAUAAACACGAUGGAAACGCAUUUAGUCAUGUUCAACAAGGUAUAACAAACGCUUACGAUCAGAAAUCAAUGUUUGAUCAUAUGAAUAAAUAUACUGAAUAUCCAAAACAACCUCAAUACAGUCCAAAUAGUACAAGCAGUUCGAAUAGUAACCAAACAGGUAAAGAACAGAAAAUAAAUGAACAAGAAUUUCCACCAGAAUUUGUAGCCAGCAAAUCAGAUCCUAAAUAUCAAACUUUACCAUAUAAUACUAAAUUUCCGAAUGCGAAUGGUAAAUUAAAACAACCUGAAGUUAAUGGUAAAGGCACUGAGCAAGAUACUAAAAAUCAAAAUGCAACGAACGUAAAUCACAUGACAGUCCACUCGACGCCACUUUCAGUUGUGAAUAAAAGUUUGGCGACGCCUCUUAGUCAGAAUGAAGCAACAUAUCAACAGGAACAAACAUAUCAGCUGCAAAAAUCAGACUCGUCUAGUAGGUGCAACCAAGAAGGAAAAGAAAAUCAUGCAUAUCCACAAAAUUCUAGGUUAAGUCACACUAGUAAUCAGAAUAAUGAAGGGUCUAGAAAUAGCGGAAAAAUUCAACCAAGCAGUGCCGUUAAAGGAAGCUCCCCAAGUUUACUGUCAAGUACAACAGCAGCCAGUAGUUCUAUAGGAUUUGGGAAACCCGUAUCGAGUGUAGCACCUACAUCGGUUCAGGUCUCGAGUGGCAAACCAUCACCCAUAUAUCAGACAUCCUCAACAAAAAUUCAACCAGUUCAACCACAAACUGUCCAGACUCAAAGCAUAUCCGUAUCAAAUCAUGUAACUAGUAACGUGGUAAAUUCCCAACCCCAGAUUGUUAGAAACACCGCAUCAGGAUUAUCAACGAGCUCUAACUUCAAUGGCCAGAAUGCAUCAUCACAAAGCAUCCUAUUAUCCCCACCACAAAGCGCCAGUACACCUUUAUCAACGCCAGAUGUUAGCGGAACUGACAAAUCGCCUAAACCAGCAUUACCUCCUAAACCUACUAUUAAGACUCCACCGAGACAAUCCGCAAACCAUGACGUAGGGUACAAUCAAUCGGCGGAAACUAUCAACAUGCCUACAAUAUCCAUACCUGAUUCGUCAAAUGACAGCGAUGCGCAAAAUCUGAAAGAAUCUAGCAACAAUAACGAUAUGAUAAUCAAAGCUCGCCCUCUGACGAUAAGAAAACCACCCCUAAGUGAGCAACCAAAGCUUAGAAACGUGAAUAACACGAAAAAUUCCAUAAACGUUAGCAUAAACCGCCGUAUAGAAAUGCCACCAGCGUUCUUGUUCCCAGAGAUGGAUCAUUUAAAUCUUGAUUCCGUACCAAGUGAAAUGCAAAAUGGCCAGAAGGAAAAAACAAAGAUGAAGGAUGAAGUUGACAGAUCAUUAAAUAACAAUAUAUCUUUAAGUUCCAAUGAAAAGCAGGAGGAUAGUAAAGAUAAUGUUGUUUCUGAUAUAACGGAGCAAAUUAGUUCUGUAGAUUUGAACGGUCAGGAUUCUCAGCGAUCUGAGAAUGUUCUGAGGCGGUCAAAGAAAGGCAAUUUGAAACAAGGUGGCAAGGCUCCAUUGGCUAGGCGAGUGAGCUUUGAUCCCCUAGCCUUGCUGUUAGAUGCAAGUUUAGAAGGUGAAUUAGAGCUGGUAAAGAAGACGGCAACUCAGGUGCAAAAUGCAAGCGCUGCCAACGAUGAGGGUAUAACGGCUCUGCACAACGCCAUUUGCGCUGGGCAUUUUGAAAUAGUCAAGUUCUUGGUGGAAAUAGGUUGCGAUGUGAAUGCACAGGAUUCAGACGGUUGGACACCCCUACAUUGUGCUGCUUCAUGCAAUAAUCUACCGAUGGUGCGAUUCCUUGUCGAUAAUGGCGCUUGCAUAUUUGCGACAACACUGUCAGAUCAUGAAACAGCAGCAGAAAAAUGUGAAGAGGAUGAGGAAGGUUUCGAUGGAUGUUCAGAAUACCUCUAUAGUGUUCAAGAAAAACUGGGCAUAAUGAACAACGGGCUAGUCUACGCCGUGUUCUCGUACACAGCCGCGCGAAGCGACGAGCUUUCGUUCGAGAUGGGUGCGAGACUACAAGUGUUGAGGAAGGGUGACGACAACGAGCGAGAGUGGUGGUGGUGUAGAGACGACAUGGGAAACGAAGGCUACGUGCCUAGGAACUUGCUGGGGUUAUAUCCGCGAGUAACCCCACAGCAGGAAUAAGGAAACAGACGGCUUAAAUAAUAAACUUAUCAAUUUGUAAAUAGAUUGGGUAAUUCUUAUUUUUUAUGUAUUUAUAACACUGUAAUCUAAAAAUAGUCUAUUGUAUACAAUUUUAAAAUAUUUAAAAUAUUUUGUAAAUAUUUAAAUAAGCUAAUAAAGUUCAAAACGAAUGAGAUUAUAUUGUACAUUUUAUAAAUACCCCGAGUCAUCAUUGUAAUUGGUAAUGAAUAUUUGUAUUAUUCUUAGGGUUUCUGA